AUGUCUGCGCCACACGAGGGCCCCACUCUGAAGCAGCAUCUCCCGAAGCAGCAGCAGGAGCUGCCAGGUCUCCAGAAGGACAUGGCGCCUGAGCCAUUCGAUACUUCACUCGAGACGGCCGGCGGUCCAAAGCAAUACAUUGGCAUAGGAAAGCUAAGAGGAAAGAAGGCCUUGAUUACUGGUGGGGAUUCGGGAAUUGGUCGCGCCGUCGCGAUCCUGUUCGCGCGAGAAGGUGCCGACGUAACGAUUGUGCAUUUGCCACAGGAGCAGAAGGACGCGGACGACACCGUCGAACACAUACGGAAGGAGGGCCGUGAGGGUCUCUCGAUUGCCUUUGACCUCGAGAACUUCAAAAACGCGAACGAGGUGAUCGACACGCACAUUCAGAAGUUCGGCAAGCUUGACAUCCUCGUGAACAACGCGAGCAAGCAGACGAUGGAAAAGGACUUUGCGAACAUCAACCUUGACAUUGUCGAGAGCACGUUCCGGAGCAACAUCCUGCAAAUGUUCGCGAUCACCAAGUUCGCGCUGCCGCACAUGGGCAAGGGCGCGUCGAUCAUUAACACGACGUCCGUAACGACCUUCAAGGGCAGCCCCGCGAUGGUGGACUACACGGCCACGAAGGGCGCCAUCGUCGGCUUCACACGCGCAUUGGCCAAGCAGCUUAUUCCCAAGGGUAUCAGGGUUAACGCAGUCGCCCCCGGUCCUGUUCACACGCCCCUCCAGCCGUCGUCCCGACCGCCUGAGCAGAUGGAGGGUUGGGGAGAGCAAUCGCAGCUCGGCAGGCCCGGACAACCAUCAGAGAUUGCUCCCACGUACGUCUUCCUUGCGAGCGCAGAAGCGGAGUUGUACUUCGGCCAGAUCCUGCACCCGUACCCGUUGGGAGAUUGA